GGACAUUAGUCGCUUCGGGAUGAACGGUGCGCAGUUCGCGGCGAUCAGAACUAUAAAAGUCAGUGGAAAUUGCGUCGGUUUCAGUGUUGUCGAACGAGUUAAUGGAUUAUCCAAGGAGGAACGAGUCAGCCGGCGAUCGUUACUCUUCCGUGCCGCUCUUAAACGAGGAUCGAUAACCUCGCUUGUUGACAGGGGGGAAAAAAAAACGGAUGCGACGCGAUCUCGAGAUUGAGACACAUCAGCAAAACGUAGAUUAAUUUAUUACGUCCAUUCAGAAAACAUACGUCCACCCGUUGUUUCUCCCGUACCAGUAACCGCGCGGAAAACAGUGAUGCAUGAAAAGUCUCGAUAUUACGAGGACACGUGUUUGUAUUGGAGUAAGAGCCGCUGUGUGUGUGUAUGUGUGCCAGGUGCACUGUUGCAUCCCUCUGAUGAGCGCCAUGCACCGUUUAGACCAUAGCCGUAAUGUCAUCCCGAAGGCUACUUCUUAGUAAUUCACAAAGGGUUCGCUCUUCCGUGAAGUACAGCGCAUGGAUACUUUCCAGGCAAUACCUAGCACGUACCUUGCUAGAGAAGUAUUUGUGGUAGAUCCUCGGUGAAUCAAGAGCAUGGCUUCUGGCGCGUCUUCCUUGGAUAGUGCUGGAAGUAGUGAUGGGGCACUCAAUAUGGAAAGAGAUAGUGGAGGCUACGGCAGUGUCGGAAGUCCUGUCGGUGGUCCUGAAUGUCGUAGCGAUUACGAAGGUUUGCAAACACAGUGCGAUCAGGCCAUGCAUCAGCUUCAGCUACUUAGGCAUAAGCACACCGAUAAUAUAAGACGGUGUGAACAUACUAUAAAGGAAUUGGAAUACUAUCGAGGACAACACAUACCAGUUAUGAAUCAGUUAGAGGCAACGGCGCAGGAGAGCACCGCGCUGCGGGGCAAAUACGGAGAUCUAGUAAACGACAGGGAGGUUCAAGCGCUGCAGAAGGAGGUGUCAGAGUUACGGUGUCAGAACCAAGAAGUUCUUGUUUCUGAUACUGGUAACAGCGACACUAUGAAUCAACAUUAUUUAUCUGCGCUUCGGAAAUAUGAAGCUGUUAAAGAUGAGUACGAUGCUCUUAGGAAACGGUACGACGACCUAAUCUCGUCGCAUUCGUCGGCCGUGAACAAGUUGGAACUGUCGCAAGAAGAGGCAGCAAGAUUAAAAAAACAGUACGAUGAUGUUGUUCAAGAGCGUAAUACCGUGGUUCGUGAACGAAACGGUUUGAAACAACAGUGCACCGCUGCGAUCAGGCAAUGGGACAUCGCGUUGAGGGAGAGGAACGAGUAUCGCGAGGCCCUGGCUAAGGUGCAGCAACAACACGAAGAGGCUGUGAAGGAAAUCAAUCACGCGAUGGUGCUACGUAUGAAGGCCAGCAAGGAUAUGAAACGAUUGACGGAGGAAAGGAACGCCGCUUUGCAAGAGUACAGUUUGAUCAUGGGCGAGCGUGACACGGUGCACAAGGAGAUGGAAAAGCUCGGUGACGAUCUCACGCAAGCGUACACGAAGAUCACGCAUUUGGAGAACCAGAAUAAACAACUGAUGGACGAGAAAAAAGCUUUAUCCUAUCAAAUUGAGACCUUACGAAGAGAAAUUUCAUCCGCGUUGCAAGACCGGGACGAGGCUCUGAAGCAGUGCAACGAGCUACGUCAGAAGUUCGGCGAUUAUUCCGAAGGAUCAAACAGAGAUUACAAGAAUCGUAUGGAAUUACACUCGUAUAAUCGCGAGCGGGACAAUUCGAGCAAAGAGGCGGAGCGGGAAAAUAAUACGGCGGAUUACGCGAAACGGGACAAAGAGCGUAUGGAGAACUUGGAUCAGGCGAACUUGGAGCUGGACAAACUCAGGAAAUCUGUAGAUAAGUUGCAGACGGAGCUGGAGGAGGCGCUUCAGGAGGCGGAGGUGUCGAAACGGAGAAGAGACUGGGCGUUCAGCGAAAGGGAUAAAAUAGUCUUGGAGAGAGAAAGUAUUAGAACUUUAUGUGAUAGAUUAAGGAAGGAACGGGAUCGCGCGGUGUCGGAUCUGGCUGGUGCUUUACGCGACUCCGACGACAUCAAAAAGCAACGGAACGAGGCGUCGAAGGAGCUGAAGGAUCUCAAAGAGAAGAUAGAGUCUGGCGAUCACGCGUUACGAGCGAGCCAGUACGCGCAGGGCUUGACGCAUGCUCACGAUUCGGCGAUCGACACGGACGUCAACGAUUGGGAGAUCCUCACUGUUCACUUCGAUCUCAGUCGCCUCUGUUUGGACACCGACCGCGACUUGGGGCUGACGUUGGUCGGAGGUCGCGACAAUCCGUAUUAUCCGAACGACACGGGGGUGUAUGUUGCUCAAGUAACGACCGGUAGCGUUAUCGAUGGUAAAUUGAGAGUCAACGAUUGCAUUAUGCGGGUGAACAACGUCGAUUGCACAGCGGUUUCCACGCGUAUAAUCAUGGAAACCUUGCGUACCAGUUCUGUGGGAUCGGCUACUUUGACGGUUAGACGACGUCGCGUGACCAGAAGAUCGCUGAGGACCACGCAGUUACCGGUUGGCUCGGUUCCCCAUGGAAUUUCGUUGGAACUUGGAGUGUACAUUUCGAAGAUAUCUCCUGGCAGUCUAGCUGCCAAGGAUGGGAACCUUGCUGUUGGGGAUAGAGUCUUAAAUAUCAAUAGCAAAGCGAUGGAAGGUAUCAAUUCGAGUCUAGAAGCGAUGGCAAUUUUAAACGACACGAGUUCAGACGUGUUAACUAUCACGACCUUGAAGGGGAUACCGUUACCCACGGCGACCAGUUCCGAAACGAUGACCAUCGACGGCAGUUUCGUCACGGAGAAGCAGAAAAUGGUGAACAGCUGUUCUCAAACAGAGCAAGAACGAUUGAUGUUGAAAGCUGUCUCGGACGAUUACGACAGGCGAUACAUCGCGUCGAAUUUCGGUGACAGGAGUGUUUACAAAGUGUCGAAAUCGGUGAGCGGCGAGAAACCGAGCGGUAUCAGCCACGCUUGGGACAACAUACGCGAGAAGAUCGAUAUAGUACGCGGACGUAAGCACAGCAAGGAUCGCGAAGAGAAGAAGAAACGUCACCGUAACUCCAGCCCAAACACGUUCGAGCAGGAGCAAGACGCGAUCGCGGAGUUAGAUUCGGUGAUCGAGAGCUAUCACAAGAAAGCGAAUAACGGGGUACUGAAACGCAGUAAGGAACGGGAAACCGAGAAGGUUGAGAAAAACGGAGGUACGUGGCCGAAGGCCAGAUGCGGUCCUCUGAUACAGAAUGGUACCGGUACUAUUUUACAUCCACGUAAGACUAAAGAGAGGCUGCCCUUGAGUGUACUCCUUAAUCAACCGCCCAAGUAUGAAAGUUAUAAUUAUAAUCGUAUUUCGAAUCCCAUCCCUUUGACCAAUUUCUCCAACGUGAACAACCGGCAUACCGUAUAUAAGUCUGUUGAGAAACCGUUACCAAAUUUCCUUAAGACCGGACAGUUAUUUAGUCAGAAAUCCUUUACUCCAGUGGUGCAGUUCAAAGAUAUACCGAUAGAUAAGAAACCGAGCACGGAGUUCGAGAACACGGACGGCAGAUUGAGCUCAACGCUGACGCCGUCCGAAACUAGCAUCGACUUUUCCGUGAAGUCGGUGGCCACCGGCAAAGACGUAGAAUAUUUCUCGAGGAAGAGGCCGCAAAAGUAUAACGCUAGCAACGACAGCCAAGUAGAGCAGUUGCAGCAUAAUAGAGCGCAAUCGCAGCUAUACUCCGGGGCCGGAUCGUCCACGUCGUCGACCAGCGGCACCAGGCAGCAGCUAACUGGUAAUUUUUCAUUUCCUCCCUAUACGCAUUCGCAUCCGCAUCCCCACCAACAGAACUCUCUGCCUUUGAGAUAUCCAUCCCCGCCGUCUUUGCCGUCUGCACAGUCUGGGGAGUCGAUAGGACUUCCCGAUGCACGAUCUUACUGUUUCGAACCUUCGUAUAGCCCCGGCCCGCAAACAGGAUACGGGCAUUUGCACACACCCUCCGUAGAUUUGCAUUAUCACAAGCCACGCGCUCCGACGAUCGCAACCGCAUACGACGUGACCGCCUAUACGCACGGCUACGAAGGCGGAACGUUCCCAAGAAAGAAGGAGAACCAACGUUUUCGUAUACCAUCGAAUCCCAGCGUGACGUCCAAGAGCAGCGUGGGCAAGUUGUCCACGGGGAGCAUCGAAAGGACGUCGGAAAGAGGCAGCCCGAUGCCGACGUUCCACGUGGAAGUGCUCAGCCCGGGCACCGGCGCCGGUAGUAGCUCCGGCGGAACGAUCAGAGGUGGCAGCACCAACAAACGGUCCAGCAUGCCGGAUUACUGUUACUCUCAGCACAGGCCAGCACCCGGGGAGCUGCGCAGAGUGCACAUAGACAAAUCGGUGGAGCCGUUAGGUAUCCAAAUCUCGUGUUUGGAGAGCGGCGGGGUGUUCGUGUCCACCGUCAGCGAGCACAGUCUGGCGUCCCAGGUCGGUCUGCAGAUCGGCGACCAGCUGCUGGAGGUCUGCGGGAUCAACAUGAGGAGCGCCACCUAUCAGCUGGCUGCGAACGUGUUGCGUCAGUGCGGUAAUUCCAUUACGAUGCUGGUGCAGUAUAGUCCGGACAAAUACAACGAAUUAGAGGGAUCUGCUUCUUCGAGUUCGUCGGAGGCCGGGGUCGCCGAGGGUGGCAGUCGCAGCGGGUCACCGACUCCUUGCAAUAGCCCUGAAGCUCCCAGAAAAACUACCAUCGAGCCUUUGGAGAGCUCUGAGCCUGAACGAGACGCUUCCAGUAGUUUAACUACCGCUCGUGAUAUCUCGAAUACCUUGACCAUCAUGCGAGAGACGAAGAACACUUUGGAACCGCCUCGUACGAUUCGAGAGAGGGACAUUAGGAACUCUGCUUCCUUAGAGGUGCGGGGUACGCAGGAGUCGGAGCGAGCUGAGCGUCAGAUCAGAGCUUCCGCGUCUUUGGACAUCAAUAUCAGGAAGCCUGAGCUCCGUAGCUCAGCUACAUUAGACAAUAUGAGGAAUUCGGCGACCCUGGACACGCUGCGCGUCACUGCAAACACUCUGACGCGGGCGCAGAUCAAUCAGGCGGCUACCACGUUGCAAAGACAGAACGCCACUGUGAGGAGUCCAACGCAAGAGGAACAAAGUCGCAAGAGUCCCCCACCCAGCGAGCCUAGGUACCUGUUCAUCGAGACUAGGAAGUGCUCGAACUUGGGCAUCUCGCUGGUGGGUGGCAAUGGCGUUGGAAUAUUCGUGCAUUCGGUGCAACCUGGCUGUCUCGCUGAAGAGGCUGGGCUACGCACCGGUGAUCGUAUUUUAGAGUACAAUGGCGUGGAUCUGAGGCAAGCAACCGCCGAACAGGCGGCUUUGGAGCUGGCCAGACCGGCUGACAAGGUCACGUUGAUUGCUCAAUACGUACCUGAGAGGUACAACGAGGUGAAGGAUAAACCUGGCGACAGUUUCUACGUGAAAGCGAUGUUCGAUCGGGUGGGGGAAGUGGGGGACAGUCUUCAGCUUAGAUUUAAUAAGGAUGAUAUAUUGUACGUCGACAAUACGAUGUUCAAUGGUACUCCAGGCCACUGGAGGGCCUGGAUAGUCGAUCACACCGGAAGAAGACAGACCUGUGGUAUAAUUCCCAGCAAGUUUAAGGUCGAGGAGGAACUGCUUCUGCGACGUUCGCUGGGCGAUUUAGAGACGGAUACGACCAGACGGGGCAGCACCAGCGCGAGGAGGAGCUUUUUCCGACGGAAGAAGCAUCAGCGUUCCUCGAGCAGGGAUAGUAAAGAAUUGUCACACCUGACGGGGGUCAAUUUAGGGUGGUACAGCGACAGUGGGACGCUGAAUGAAGAGACUCUGCCUGCCAGCUACCAACGUGUCGAAAGAUUGGAUUAUCCAGCUCUGAGACCUGUGCUGAUCAUUGGACCGUUGAGCGAGUGCGUGGUGACGAAACUGCUGCAAGAAUUUCCAGGACAGUUCACCAGGUGUCUCGCUGAAGCCAUGCACUGUUCUCAAUCGACGCUCGAGCAGGGCUUACGCGACGCGCUUUACGUGGACUACAGGAAAAAAGGAAGCUAUUUCGAGUGCACCACAGUGCAAGCUGUCAAGGACAUCUGCGAGAAGAAUACUCAUUGCAUCCUGGACGUGUCGAUCGCAUCGAUCGAGCGACUCCAUCGGCAUCAGAUCUAUCCUAUAGUGUUGCUGAUCAAGUUCAAGAGCACGAAGCAGAUCAAGGAAGUGAAAGACUCGAGGUAUCCAAGCGACAAAGUUAGCGCAAAGGUCGCGAAGGAGAUGUACGAACAAGCGCUGAAAUUCGAAGCUGAUUAUAGGCAUUAUAUAUCUGCUGUUAUUCCAGCUGGAAUAAAUGUCGCGUACAUAUGUACGCAGGUAAAGUCCGCGGUGGACGAGGAGCAAAGCAAAGCGCUGUGGGUUCCUAGAGGACCUCCCUGACAUUUAAGGGGGGGUCCCCACAAACCGCAGUGGAAGUCAAUCUAAAUUCCACCAGGGGGCCCUAAACGCCGUACGAUCACACAACAUUGUUACAAAUUUAUUUAUUUAUGGUCUCCUCUUUCUUUUUUCGCUCAUUUCGGUUGUGAACACCGUCAAGGUUACUAUAUUCUUUUUAUAUAUUUUUUUCCUCGACUGCAUAUUUUAUUUUCUACGAAAUUUUGCUAAACACGCAAGACUUCAUCCAAAUCUCGAUAUACGUUCGAAUAUAUCGUUCCUUGUAAUAUUAAUUAACAGAAACCCACUGCAUGAUCGAUUUUUUAUUAAUUUUGCAUUUCCUUCUACGCGAAUAUGUCAGUGUCUUUGAAAUAUUUAUUCCAUUCUCAUAACAAGAGUACAACGUUGGAGUAGUUUGAAUGUUUCGCAAAUUUUCCUUCGAUCAACUGAAAAUCAUUGAAGAAAAUGUUUGGUAAUUUUGCUUCGAGUCUCGAUCGAUCGUAAUUUUUCGCGGAUACGUGAUCUAUAGUAAUUUGGCGCGAGACCAUAAAUGAAUCAUAGCAAAUGUGUAGCAAAUAUUCGUCGUACCGUGGCCCGCUAAAACAAAAUCGGUGGAUCGAUGAUAAAAAAGUUUCUUAGUUAGGGAAUAAGUUUUUAGGCUAAACGGUGUUUAGCCUAAUAGCGAUGUUAUUAACCCCUCAGAUCGUUUCGUUGUACAGAAUGAUUUCGCGUGAUUAGUAUUACUGUACAGAGGAUGUAAUAUUAUAUAUCGAAAGAAGUUACUUAUUUGUAUAUAAUUUACUUACAAAACUUUAUAGGUUACACGCAUAUUAAUUUCUAGUUUACGCGUUUAGAUUUAAGUUGUACCGUUUAGUAAAUAUUAUUUCGUUGAAUUGUUUAUACGUAAUCUGUUCCGUUGAUGGAAAAAAACAUUGGUUUGAGGGGUUAAGGUACUUAAUGUUUUUAGAUCGGGGGAUCUGAUAAAAACGCAAAGGAAAAGGAAUUACGGAAUUGAAUCGAACGACGGUUCGUUUUUACUGUCGAAUUUGUACAUAUCUAAAGCUAAAGGAAAUGAGCAGUAGCGUUCUUUCGCGAGAAAAAGGCAAGUGUUUACAUCCCCCGCUCCUGGUGCAGCUCGCUGGCUCGCUAUUGGUCGAGAACGACCAAUCAGCGGGCUGCAACAGUCCUCGGUAAGAGAGUUCUUCUCGCGGAGGAACGAUACAUGUCAACGACACAAAACUAACUUGUUAUUAUACGCUCGUAACAAGGUAAUAUGCAAAUGGUGUGCGUUACUGCUUCCUUUUUACUUCUAAGAUUCAAAUUGUUUUAUAAAUUCACACCACGAUUUUUCUUUUUUUUUUUUCAAACGAGCUUAAGAUGCUUUGUAAGGUGCAGUCGGUGUAUUUAAAACGCGAAUACGUACCGCCACGUAUCUACAUUCAGUAUAGUUUGCAAUAUUUUUAUACGCAUUUUUCACACAGACUUUUUACAAUAUUUUUUAUCCCUUCAACCUUGAAAAUUUACUCUAAAUUUCUCUAAGUCUCUCUAAGUUUCUCUAAAUCAUUGUUCCUGGAUGUAGAUACAAAUCUCGUAAAUAUUAAUCAGACAAAAAAUGGGUGCAUCGAAUGUACCCAAAACAGAUCACGUAAAAGGUUUAUUUACGAUGCUUCGAUACUUAAAUAUACAGUUCUUUUUAAUGCCUUUCCGACUUCGAAAGAGGCUUUUUUACGGUAUGGGUGGAUAUUGAAAGUAAUUGCAUUUCGUUGUUCACUAUUGAGGAAUUGUCGUAGUUAAAAUUGCGUAAGUGUCGCGGGCAGAUAGUAUUUGUUUGGAAGAAAAUGUGAGACGAGAGUGGAGAACGAACGAAGCUUGUUUCAGCGAUAUUUAUACCAAGUUAGAUCGAUACAAUCAGGAUUCAAGUUUGUACUGUUUGUAUCGGUAGAGUUAACACGGCUGUGCGUAUAUUUAUUUUCGAAGCUCAUGGUUCUGUGAAACCACCAUAAGUGCCUUUUCUAACUCCGUUUCUCCCAUGCCGAUUUAUGGUUACUGAUACAUACGUCCUUUUAUAGUUCCUCGUUCUCGAUAUUUUAAUCUCCCAAGUUCUACGCCACUGCCAGCCUCUGAUAGACAGAAAUAAACAUUUGGCACUUGUUUUUCUAAUGUUUGGCAAUUUUUAAAUAAGUCUUCCCUACAGUGGAUUAUUUUAUAUCCGAAUAGAAAUGCCUUUUAUCCAGUGUCGAGGUUCCUACAAUGCUCGUGGAGUUAUAGUUAAACUCGAGGACUAUUUAUGUGUUAUUACCAGAGAGAAAUUCUGUAUCGUGACAAUUUUGGUAUAAGUAUCGUUGAAAGAAGUGUGAGAUUUGUCCUUCACUCUUGGCGUGUCUUUGCUUUUUUGUAAAACGGAAAUUUAGUUUUCUAACGAGACAAUAUUUAGGCGUAAGUUAACAAGCGAGACCAAAAAUUAAAGGGAUACUAUGCUAAUUCAUAAGAAUUACGAUUAAAUUUAUUCGUAUUGUUAAUGCAAUGGCGUAGGUGUAUACUUUUUGAUAUACAGCGAAAUGAUCGGUACAAAUUUCGCGAUAGGGCCCAGGCUCGUAAUAAAAAAAAAUGGCGGAAAUGGAAAAAAUAUACACGAACGGUGCCGGAGUACACUUGACGAUUUCUUAACAAGGAAUUUAUUGUUGUUUCGUAUCCAGGGUAGAUAGUUCUAAAGGCGAUUGCGGACAAUCUAGAGACUAAAAAUAGGAAUCUACUAAUGAACUAAUAUAACGAAAUAUUUUUCGGGGGAAAAAGAUAUUUAAUUCUUAUUCUUUUAACAAAUAGAAAAUGAUACGAGUAAUAUAUACACGCGUACGUGAAUCUUGGACGUUAUACACGUGCAGGGGUGAGGAACAAUUUUUAAAUCAUUUUCAUACAACGACGCUAUAAUUUCACGUUUUCUUUAAAUUUAAUAUAUGAUGUAUUUUGUAAAUUAGAGAUUUCUUUAACGUUAUUUUCGGUAGAAAUGACAAUACAUUUAUCUGAAUUAUAUUAAAACGCUUAAUUGUAGAUAUUUUUUGUAUAUUCAUUUUUUUAAAUAGAUAUUUAAAAAUAUCUAUGAAAGUUAUACAGGGUGUCCAAUCAACCCUGGGAAAAAUUGAAA